UACACGAGCCCGGCUACAAUCAAGAUCACCUGCCUGAGCGACUGAUAAGUUUCUGGAGGAUACACUUUGCGCAUAAGCAAUACUUUCGACGUCGAAUUAUUUUACCCUUGACUUGAGGAUGAGCUGAUGAGUUGAAGACACUCGUUACUCUAGAUUCUCGAAAGUCUUCCGUGUAUUCCUUUCCUUGACACGUGAGGUGGUCGUCUUUAUUGGAUUCGACUGUAGUACCGCUUGAUUUCAACAUAAACAAUCGGGAAUCAAGUUUCCAUAGUUCUGAGAAUACGGAUCUCGAAGAGGACUCGGGCAACGCCUCCAGCAUCCUCCGCAACAGAUUCUAAAGCAUCAAGAGCUAACUUCGAACUGGUGUCGUGUGCAUACGUGUCCGGCUUUAGUUAACGUAUGAACAAUACUGUGGAUGUCCAAUUAGUUUGUUCGCCGCUAGCAGAAUUGUGCUGAUUAGUUAGAGGUUAUUUGAAGGUUACGUUGUCAUAACUCGUUGAACUUGUGACGGCUAUGACGCCAUGCAGGUAAUUGUAUACGGUUCCCGCGACCACUUUCCAUGUUCGUCACCAGGGACUCAACUGUCCUGAAAGUUUAUUUGGGUCGCGUAAAUAGGAUCACCUAAAUAGUGUUCAGGGCGGACGGUGGAGUGUGUAGCGUAGCCGACUACCACACUGAGAGCCUGGGUUCGAUUCCCGGACGUCCGCACCAGUUUUUCAAGCUGAAUAAAAGCCGAAUAGAAAGUAGCUCUGUAGCACUAUACAAAAAAAAAAAUAAAUAGUGCUGACACCUAUGGGUACAUAGCGAAACUAUGCGGAUGGGACAUUGUUCGAAGGAGACGAAACAGAAUAGUAGAAAUUCCUGCCAGGGUUAUUUUUAUCGAGGUACUUGUCACGUCCCAGCUCGCCUACGACUUUUUCGAGAUCUUGUCUUCGCUUAACCCUUUAACCUGUAACAAACGCGUGAGCUCGUGGUACAGAAUUUGACUCGAACAUGCGGCGUGUCCCCAGGCUCGACUCGCAAUCACGUCGACGGUGUAAACGAUUCUCGAGUAAGCAAUUCUCAGCGCAGCGAUCCGCAGCUGUCGAAUGUCUCAGCUGUUGCGCUGGCACCGGGAGCGACACGAGACCGGGGAAGCCCCGAGUGGAUGUUUCUGUUUACUUCAACUUUGAAAAGCGGCGUCCGGGGUCUCGUUGCUGCCUAGCCGUCCUCGUCCCUGCUCCUGUCUUCGACUGCGCGAAGCAAUUGCGCGCCGUAAGCACGAGCCGCGUGGUCGAACUUGAGAGUUAGUCGCCGCCACGGCCACGUAUCGCGAGAUACUCCUACUUGCCAGGACCCCGUCCGGGCUUAGGCGUCUUCCGCGGGUAGCGUACGCGUACGAAAACGAUUAUGCGCGUGCUCGACGCGGUGUGAGAACAGUGAGAAUCAUGUGGUGCGAAGUUUCAUCGUUUAAGAACUUUUAACGACGAGGUUUGGAGUGGACUGAACGAAGUGUGGGGAGGAUUCUGUGACGUUUUCUUUUUGUUCCGAGACGCUGUUGAACUACAUUCAGCCGAAAGGCACACGGACAUCGUCCGCGAAACAGCGGUUUCCGAUUCGCCCUCCCUCGGAACAGCCGUCUGCGCGUCGGCCGAACGAGACACCCCGUUGGUGCAUCCGAGGACAGUCAGCCGCAAAUAGGACUCGCGCGACGAGCAGGGGUGGAGCGCCGUCGAGGGUCGUCGAGUGAAACGAUGAGCGAAUCGGGACGGGCCGGGCAAGGAGCGGCGCGAUAAUAAUAAUAUGUGGACGACGUGGCCGCGUACGAGGCGCAAGUGUCGGGGCUCGGGCUCGUCGCGCAGCGGACACGAGGCUCGUGGUGGCCGCGACGGCUUUCGUUUCAUUUAUUCGGUGAUGCUGGCUGCCUGCAUGGCGGCGCAGGAGGCUAGGACCGCCAAGUGCCCACCCCCCGACACGAUACCCGGCUGUCCUUGCUACAAUUUCGAGGAUGGCCUGUUCCUGGAAUGCGCCGGGGCCACCGAGGAGUCCCUCAGGAGCGCUUUGUCCGGCGUGAUACACGCCGCCGAGGGGGAAGGAGCAAUAGUUCAAUCGCUGAGCGUUUACGAGUUAGACAGGAAGGUGGAGGAGCUUCGAUCGGCCGCGUUUCCGCCCGGUUCUCAGAUCAGACAUCUGCAGAUAUCGCACUCGGCGAUCCGCGAAAUCAGCGAGGACGCCUUCGUACGACUGAGCAAGAGCCUCGAGUCUCUAGCGUUGGUGUCGGGUCGGCUGCCCCACGUGCCACAAAAGGCGAUAACAACCUUGAGCACCUUGAAAGCCCUGGACCUGGAGGCGAACCUCGUUCACGAGCUUCCUAGUUACAGCUUCUACGACCUGUCCCUGAUCAAACUGAACCUGAAGGGCAAUCAGAUAAUAAGAAUAUCGGAAUACGCGUUCACUGGACUCGAGAACACUUUGACGGAUCUGGACCUGGCUGAGAAUAAAAUCAGAGUGUUUCCGAUGACGUCGUUGAGAAGACUGGAGCACCUGACGUCCCUCAGGCUCGCUUGGAACGAGGUGUCCGAACUCCCAGAGGACGGUUACUCCAGAUUGGACGCCUUGAACUUCCUCGAUCUGAGCAGCAACAACUUCAAGAAGAUCCCGCUCAACUGUUUCCGGUGCUGUCCGUCCCUGAAAACGCUGUCCCUCUACUACAACGCGGUGGAGUUCGUCGACAAGGACGCCUUCAUAUCCCUGAUCGGCCUCGAGUCCAUCGAUCUCAGCCACAACAAGAUCGUGUCCCUCGACGUGUCCACGUUUAGAGCAAACCAAAGGCUUAGGUCCAUUGAUCUGAGCCACAACCAUAUCCACUACAUCCGAGGCGUGUUCUCGAAGCUGCCGGAAUUGAAAGAGUUGUUCCUGGCCGAGAACAACAUCCUGGAAAUACCGGCGGAGACGUUCGCGGGUAGCACGAGCCUAUCGGUGGUGUAUCUUCAGCAGAACGCGAUCAGGAGGAUCGACGCGCGGGGUCUGGCGACCCUGAACCAGCUGGCGCAGCUGCACCUCAGCGGGAAUUACAUCGAAAAGGUGCCUCGGGACUUUCUCGAGCACUGCGAGAAUCUCUCCACCCUGUCCUUGGACGGAAACAACAUUCGCGAGCUGGAGGUGGGCACGUUCGCCAAGGCGAAGUCGUUGAGGGAGCUUCGGCUCCAGGACAAUCAGAUUACCGAAGUUAAGAGGGGUGUGUUCGCCCCUCUGCCGUCCCUGCUCGAGCUGCAUCUGCAAAAUAACGCGAUAACGGACAUGGAAACAGGUGCAUUGAGGUCCCUGCACAGCCUCCAACACGUGAAUCUCCAAGGCAAUCUCUUGGCGGUGCUGGGCGAUGUGUUUCAAGUGUCCAACGACGUGGGCCAAAACGGGAACAGCGGUAGCUCGCUGGUCUCCAUUCAGCUGGACAAUAACGGCCUGGGGGUGUUGCACAAUGACUCUUUAAGGGGUCAAGCUUCCGUCAGAAUCAUGUGGCUUGGACACAACAGAUUAACCCGCCUCCAGGCGCCUUUGUUCCGGGACCUGUUGCUGGUCGAGCGAUUAUAUCUGACGAACAACUCCAUCUCACGAAUCGAGGACACUGCCUUUCAACCGAUGCAGGCGCUCAAGUUCCUCGAGCUCAGCAUGAAUCGAUUGAGCCACGUUACAGUGAGAACUUUCUCGGAACUACACGAACUCGAGGAACUAUACCUGCAGGACAACGGUCUGCGCCGCUUGGACGCCUACGCCCUCACCGCCCUGAAACGGCUUCGCGUGCUCGAUCUGGCCAACAAUCAUCUCAACGUGUUGCACGACAAAAUCUUCCAGGAGGGUCUACCCAUCAGAACGCUGAACCUGAAAAAUUGCACAGUUAGCGUGAUAGAGAACGGAGCCUUCAGAGGACUCAACAAUCUUUACGAGUUGAAUCUGGAGCACAAUCAUCUCACUGCCACUGCCCUGAAUCGCUUAGACAUUCCAGGCUUGAGGGUCCUCAGGAUAUCCUACAACAAUUUCAGUCAGAUUAACGGCAACUCGUUAGACGGCCUCCCGUCUCUUCAGCAUCUAUCCAUGGACUCGUCUCAACUCUACCGACUGUCGCCGGACAUAUUCUCGAAGAACAAGAACCUGGGCAAACUGUUGCUGAGCAACAAUCUGCUACGCGUGCUGCCCAGCCUUCUGUUCCUCGGCCUGGACUCGCUGAAAGAAGUGAAGCUCGACGGCAAUAGGUUCCAGGAGAUCCCGUACGACGCGUUCGCGAACGCCACCAUGGUCGAGUUCCUGUCAUUGGCUAACAAUGUAAUCCUCAACGUGGACAUGUCGCGGCUAAACGGAUUGGCCAGCCUGCGGGAACUCGAUUUGCGCGGUAAUUACAUCACGACCCUCUCCGGGUUCGCCGACGUCAACCUAUCCCGCCUGAUAUCCGUGGACCUCAGUCAUAAUCACCUGACCGCCCUCCCGGCGAACUUCUUCGCGCGCUCAAACUUGCUGCGCAAGGUCGAACUCGCCGCUAACAAAUUCCACCAGAUACCAGCGGUGGCCCUGUCCGCCCAGAACAUCCCCAGCCUGGCCUGGCUGAACGUCACGGCCAACCCCCUGGUCAGAAUACACGAGAUCAGUUCGGAAGCCAGAUAUCCAGCUCUUCAGGAGAUACACAUAUCGGGAACGAACCUGACGAUCGUCACCAGCCAGGACUUCGAAGCGUUCCCAGCCCUCAUGCACCUCUUCAUGGGCAACAACAUGAUCUCUCGAGUGUCGCCAAGCGCGUUCCGAAGCCUCCUGGAACUGUUGACGUUAGAUCUCAGCAUGAACGAGCUGGAGUUGCUGCCUCAGGAGAGACUGAAGGGCCUGGAACACCUCAGACUGCUCAAUCUUACACACAAUAAGCUGAAGGAGCUCGAGGACUUUCCCCUAGACUUGAAGGCCCUUCAGGUGCUGGAUCUAUCGUACAACCAGAUCAGCGGGGUGGGUAAGAGCACGUUCCAGCACCUGGAGAACCUGGCAGAGCUUCACCUUUACGGCAAUUGGAUAUCCUCUAUCUCCCCGGAUGCCUUCAAGCCUUUAAAGAAACUGAGGAUUCUGGAUCUGAGCAGAAACUAUCUGGCGAAUUUACCGCUGAAUGCCUUCCGGCCCCUAGAGACGCAGAUCAGGAGCCUGCGUGCUGAAGAGAAUCCACUGCACUGCGAUUGCGAGUCUCAGGAGCUUUGGGAGUGGCUGCGCGACCACCAGAAGCUGGUGGGCGGCAGUAUGGGCAGGAACCGAGGAGGACUGCGGAUGAACGACGUGGACACCGGUGUACUGAGGUGCGAGCAGCCGCCAGAACUACGAGGUCUGGUGUUUCUGGACUUGGACCCGCACGCUUUCUGCUCCGCCCCUCUAGUCCUAAAGCUGGCCAUCCAGGACAUCCAACCGUUCUCCGUCCUGGUGUCCUGGCAGAGCAGGAACCACUCGGGUAUCAGGGGCUACCAGGUGGCCUACCACGCGAUGGAGAACGUCGACGAGAUCAGAGCAAAGAUCCUGGAGCCAAACUCUCGUUCAACGAAACUAUCCAACCUGUUACCGAACGCUCGUUACCUGAUCUGCGUGUUCGGACUGGGCAACUGGCUGACCCAGCGCGUAGAGGACGACAAGGUGUACCAUUUCAACUUCUCCAACCACGAGACGUUCGAGUCGUCGUCGGAUCUGCAAAUGGCGGACUCGUCGACGAGCCGUUGCACGGAGGUGAAGACCCUGGAGGCACCCGACGCCGUCAUCAGCAGUGACGGCUCGUCGAUGGGCGACGUUGGCAGCGUCAGUAGCUUCCUGACCAGGCGUCUAGGUUUGAUAGUCGGCUGUUGCAUGGGAUUCGUCGUGUUCCUGCUCCUCGUGUCCGUCCUCGGUUACCUGAAGGUGAAAAAGCAAAGGGAGACCGUUAAAAGGGAGCAACCGAUCCCGCCCGAAUACAUCUCCUACAGACACUUCAGCAUACAGAGCGGAGAGGCCGGCCACGCCGCCAGACAGGCCAGCCAGGAGGGCCACAACUCCAACUUCGUCAACAGCAUGGGCAACACGAACCUGAAUGUAUGAGACAAGUCUAAAAACUCCCGAUUCGUGGAGGUUUCGAACGUUUGAGUACGUGGUACGGGGCGGCUAGGCGAUAGUCGCCCCGAACAUGACGGCAAACGCGAAACCCACCCGACUCGCGGGAGUUUUACCACGAAAAAAGACAACGCAGUCCGACGAGGGUUAUCCCUUCAUCACGUGCUCGAUCGAGGCUCGAGCCCCAGACUGAACUCUCUCGGCGGUCGUCGCUCGACUCCAACCUACCUAGGUAAACCGAGUAUUUUAUAUGUGAUUUUCUACCGAAUCUUAACCUAACUCGACGCGACACACGGACUGAAAACGGUCGAGACACCGUCGCAACGGAAAGUGCGCGCGUGUGUGUGUGUGCCAGUGAAUCGGCGGGGACACACCGUACCGAACAAUUUACGAGCAAAAGCCCUGCCGCGAUCUGUCCAGAACGAUGCAUUGUGUUCUCGAAACGGGGCGGCAAACCACUCGACGUAGCAGACAAUGCGACGUGGCGUUUCGUGCGCUCGCGUUCUUGAACUUCCGGAUCGCCGAAGGGCCAGGAACAACGACGGCGGAGAUUCGUCAUCGUUUCGACGCCGAAUGGCGGGUCAUUGUUUGUAAAUAAGCGAGCUGGUUCGGGCCGCUGCGCCCGCCCGUGUGCGAUGGGCCGGCGAACCGAACGCUUAGGCGAAUUUUCGGAGACUCUUCGUUUAGCAAACCGUAGUUAAAUUAGGACUUGAGGCGUCGGUUUCCGUUUGUCUUUUGCGAACUAGGUGGAAACGGGAAUUGUUGAUAGGAUCGGUGUUAUUACGCCUGGCUCUCGAUUCUCUCGAAACGAACGCGCGCGAGUUUCGCGCUCUUUGCUGUACCAUAUGCUAUCCACGGAUGUUAUCAGGAACACAUUGGAAAUUAGAUAUCCGCGUUGCGUAUUAUCCAGCGAAUUGCGGUCUACGUGAUAGAGGGGGUGGGGUGGAGUGGGGGGGGGGGGCGAUCGCGGCGAUAUCUUGUUGUCGGGGCCAGGGGAGAGGGGGAGAGAAUGGCCGUGAUAAACUGUGUGUGUGUUCGUCGGGUGAUGCCGAAAAUAAUCGCUCGAUAGGUGUGCAUCGUUCGAUUGAAAGAUCUCGGAUGUACCACGCGCUGUGUACUGUAACAUAUACGUACGUCACUGUAAUAAAAAAUGCAAAUUCUUUUUUAAACGGUGGUUUGUGGCGACGUAACCCUACCUACAUUUUUAUUUCAGCCUGGAGGGGAACGGAAGGUGUCGGUUAUUGAAUUCCUUUAACAGGAUGCUGCUAGUGCUGAGUGAGGAAGCACUUGACUCUUCAAAAGAAAAAAAAAAAAAGAAAAAAGAAAACCUAGAAUACAUAAUAAUUACACUUCUCAUUCUUGUAUUGGGUCAUCUCGUAAAUUCGUGCGGGCUGUAUCAAUGUUUAAUAAGAAAAAAAAAAAACUACAGAAAUAUCGUAAAACGAGAGAGAUUACCUUUUUUUAAACAUUUACGGGUACGUUUCACAUAUUAAGAGUCGCGGACGAAUAAGUGGCAUGAACUUGUGGAACGACCUAAUAUGUACACAUUUGUCAUAACUGCAUAAAUAUCCGCAGUGUAGUAACAAUGAUUAAUUUUGGACAUUCCAGUUUUUUGUAGUCAAGAAUCUUCCCAGAUGUUUUUCUCCGAUGUGUCUGUCGUUACCGUCGCCAUUAAAAAUAGUUUCAAUUAACGAUAAACAUUCGUUCUUCCCUGGCAGGCGAAUCAAGCGAUGCUCCGUGGACCGAAGACGCAGGUGAAUUCUAAAAAGAUUAAAGACACUGGAGCAUCUGAGAUUCCGAGAGACGGCAAAGGUAAUCGGAAUCCUUAAAAUACACGCGGUAUUUUCCUCGACUAUUUGGAUCUAUGUUCUUCCUCGCCGCGACUAUGCACAGACUCGGGUGCUUCGCGGCUGGCAUAAAUUUCCCAACGUCUCGACGAAACGCUUCCGUCCGCUUUAUCGUAUUUCCUUGCAAUUAACCCCCCUCUGACCACCCUGGCGUCGUUUCCCGUCGAAAGAGAAGGUGUUCUGCAUAUUUCAUUCGCCGGUGGAGCCGU